UUCUCUUUCUCGAUUCUUCCCCACAUCUGUCUUCACCCUACAACUUAAAUUCCGCAAAGCACUUGCUCCAAAGCAUACAUCAGAUCAAUGAGAUCAGUUCAAACUCUUCUCAAACCACUCUCACCCCCUUCACUCAAUUUACUUAUUCCAAAACUAAAAAUAGAAACGUAUACUUAUCGACUGCCACAAACACCUACUAUAAAAACAACGCCAACAUUUAUUUUAUAGUUAUACACACAACUUGCCACAAUGCUUCUCUCACUGUUUGUUUCUGUCUCUCUAUCUCUCAUGCUACUUUCUGUUCUCCAUGGAUACUACACUUGUUAUAAAAAAAAGCUCUUCUCAUUACACUUCCCGAGGUCAUAUCCUCUCGUCGGAACUCUCUUGGCCUUUUACAAAAAUCGCCGCCGCCUCAUUCACUGGUACACUGAUCUCUUGUCGGAAUCGCAUUCACAAACGAUAGUAGUCCAUCGGCUCGGCGCGCGCCGAACCAUAAUCACCGCGAAUCCUGAUAACGUGGAGUAUAUUUUGAAGACCAGGUUCGAUAAUUUCCCCAAGGGGAAGCCGUUCACCGAGAUUCUCGGCGAUUUUCUCGGGUCGGGGAUUUUUAACGUGGAUGGGACGCUGUGGAACUCGCAGCGGAAGCUGGCGAGUCAUGAGUUCAGCACCAAGUCGUUGAGAGAGUUUAUGGUGAAUGUUCUGGAAGAGGAAGUGGAGAAUAAGUUGUUUCCGUUGCUUGAAAAAGUCUGUGAAAACGACGUAGUUUUGGACUUGCAGCAUGUGCUGAGAAGCUUCGCGUUUGAUACGAUAUGUAAAGUCGCAUUGGGGAUUGAUCCUUGCUGUUUGGAUGAUUCGAAGCCGGAUUCCAAGCCGGCUCAGCCGCUGGCUAGCGCGUUCGACGCCGCGUCGGAGAUAAGCGCGAUGCGGGGAGCCGCCACGGUCUCGGCGGUGUGGAAAAUGAAGCGCGCGCUGAACAUCGGGUCGGAGAAGAAGCUUCGAGAAGCCGUGGCCGUCGUGCAUGGGUCGGUUGAUGACAUCAUCCGGGUCAAGAAAAAGGAUAUGGAUAGUGGCGGUGAAGAAGCACGUGACCUUCUGUCGAGACUACUCUCCGCUGGGAAUGAUGAUGAGAUGGUUCGAGACAUGGUGAUAAGCUUUCUCAUGGCGGGGAGGGAUACGACGUCGUCUGCGCUGACGUGGCUGUUUUGGUUGAUAUCUAUCAACGAAACUGCUAAACAAGAGCUCGUGAAUGAAGUGACGUCACUGGAUGACUUGGAUUUUGAGAAGCUGAAAGAUAUGAAUUACACGAAGGCGUGUUUGUGCGAGUCGAUGAGGCUUUAUCCGCCGGUGGUGUGGGACUCGAAGCACGCGGCGGCGAACGACAUUUUGCCGGACGGGACGGCGGUGUUUAAGGGGGAUAGGGUGACUUAUUUUCCGUAUGGGAUGGGGAGAAUGGAGGAGCUGUGGGGGAAGGAUAAGAUGGAAUUUAGACCGGACCGGUGGUUUGAUGAACCGGGUUUGUUGAAGAUGGUGAGCCCUUACAAGUUCCCGGUUUUUCAAGCCGGCCCGAGGGUUUGUUUAGGGAAGGAGAUGGCGUUUAUACAGAUGAAAUAUGUGGUGGCAUCUGUUAUGAGGCGGUUUGAGUUCAAGCCGGUUUGUUUGGAAGAACCGGUGUUUGUACCUUUAUUAACGGGUCAUAUGGCUGGUGGAUUUAAAGUUAAGGUAUCUAAAAGAAUUUAAUUAUGAUGUAUUGUACUUGUCACUUUCAGAUUUACUCAAAAAAAAAAAAAGAAGUUGUCACUUUCAGAUAAAUACAACGUGUGUUGAAUUAUUUUUUGGUAUUGGAUUAUUUUUUACUUAUUUGAAACUAAUUUUACUAAUAAUAAUUAAUAAGU